AUGAAGACGCAACAUCUAUGGUGGGAUGUUCUUGAUCCAUUCUUGGCACAACACAUAGCUCUUGUUGCAUACUUGACUUUUGCAACGAUUGUGAUUAUAAUCUACAUGUACCGACCCUCCUGGUCCGUACGCAAUGUCCCGGGUCCAACCGCUAUGCCUCUUGUUGGCCACUUGCCCUUGAUGGCUAAGUACGGCCCUGACGUCUUCUCCGUUCUUGCUAAGCACUAUGGCCCUAUCUUCAGUUCUUGA